AUGCCCUCCCUCAAGCUCACCCUCCUCUCCGCCGCCGCGGCCCUCGCAACCGCAACCGCUAACGAAUUCGGCCCCGCUUUCAGCACUGGACCCGUUUCCUCCGGAAACUUCAUCCGCGAAUCGACUUACACCAUCGUCGUACCUCAGGCGCCCACCAGCUCAUCCGACGACCUAGCCCUAUGGAUCGGCAUGGGCACCUCAAGUAACGAUCUGAUUCAAACGAUUGUCGACAACACGCCCCAAGACGGAUGGACGACCUUCGCAUAUACGCUCGUUGGCGGGACCACACCCGUGUCUGACAAGCGGACGAAGACGACCGCAGGACACCAGAUCGUUACGCACUGUAAGCCACUACUUGCAUUCCAUACCACGUCAUUUCACCUGACGUAUGAAUCCACAGACAAAUACAGCGACAGCACAAAGCAGUACACGCAAACCGUCCUCCUCGACGGCAAGCAAGUCUCCACGCUUUCCACUGCCAGCGGCCAAGCGCAGGGCUGGGGCACAGCUGUGGAGUGCCAGUCGAGCAAGUGCGGUACUGCGCCAGCGCAUAAGUGGACGAAUGCUACGAUCGUCAUGGAUAAGGCGGAUCCGAACUACAUCAAUACGCUGUAUAAGAGUGGCGGGGCGACGGGCACUAUGAAGACGGCGGAUGGCGGGAAGACGUGGACUGUUGCUGAGAUUUCGGUGCCGAGCUAUACGUUCUAG